AUGUUCCACAACAGUUACCAGUCGGGGUUUCUUUCCAUUCUCUACAGCAUUGGAUCCCGUCCUCUGCAAAUAUGGGAUACAAAAGUACGUAAUGGCCACGUCAAACGCAUUACCGAUGAGGAUAUUCAAUCGUCUGUCCUUGAGGUGGUUGGAAACAAUGUGAGCACAUGUUACAUUACUUGCCCAGUGGAUCCCAAGAAAACACUUGGUAUUAAGCUUCCUUUCCUCGUGAUGAUCAUCAAGAAUCUCAAGAGAUAUUUCUCUUUCGAGGUGACGAUUCUCGAUGACAAGGGCAUUCGUCGUCGCUUCCGUGCCUCCAAUUACCAAACAACAACACGGGUGAAGCCGUUUACCUGCACGAUGCCGAUGCGUUUGGAUGAGGGGUGGAAUCAGAUUCAAUUCAACUUAGCGGACUUCACGCGGCGUGCGUACGGUACGAAUUAUCUCGAAACGCUACGCGUGCAACUUCAUGCGAACUGCCGCGUUCGCCGGUUGUACUUCAGUGACCGCCUCUACUCUGAGGAGGAGCUGCCACCGGAGUUUAAGUUGUUCCUCCCUAUUGCACAGCAGCAGCAACAGCAACAGCAACAACAGCAACAGCAGCAACACAUGCAGAAACAAGCGCCUCCUGAACCUCAACAGCAACAACAUCACCAACAACAACAGGUGCAUUCGGAGGCUCACCAACAGCAACAAGCGCCCCCGGAAGCUCAACAUCAACAGGCGCAUUCGGAGGCUCACCAACAGCAACAGUACCAACAGCAAGUGCAGCACUCACAGUUUCAAGAUGCCGCACCACCGUCCCAACAGCAGACACAUGAGGAAAUGCCUCAGGGUGAAGAGGAGGAACAGCAGCAACAAACGUCACCAGUAGAGGGCGCUUAG